AUGACACAUUUCUCAAGCGCAGACAACUUUAUAGAGAAGUCGGUCCAGCUAAUGAAAUCUGGUCCGGCAAAUACCAGAGUUAGCAUUACAUAUACCCAUAGUGGAGAAAAGAGGAAGCCAAUCGUAAAAUUCAAACUUUUCAAUCCGGUGACUGGAAUAUGUUUAUCGCUUAGAACGCAUAAAGCUAAAGAGUUUUCUCGAAUUAUGAAUGCUCUGGGACCCAGAGGAACUGCGGUGACCAAGCAUGUGAAUCCGGGAACUGCCAAUGAAAAGAUUGAAGAUGUGAAAUUGGAGGGAUUAGGCUGCAUAAUGACGAAUACUAAGUUUUCAGAGCAGGAAGCCCAAGAAGAAUCAAAGCAGGAAACCAACCAGCCGCCUGCAGAAAGUACCACAGAGAAAGUUACAUCAAAGCACAAAAAGCGGUCGAAGAAGUCGAGGAAGGGACGGAAGCAUUGA